AUGCAUCAUCUUCUUAUUAAAGGCCUUACGGAUGAACUCCGACAGUCACUGAUGAGUCGAGGUGCCCGUUAUGCCCAAAGGCUCGAAGCCAGACGAAAAGAAGCUCGCCGAAGGAUUGGGCGUGGGUCCGAUGAAGAAGUGGAGAUCCCUUCCACUGAGAGCGGGGACGUAGACCGCACGACAGACGACCGCGGGCAACAGACUUCUCAGGCUGCGGAGACCGACACCGAGGAAGCCAAGUCAGCGGAGGAGGCUUCCACCGACCCCGAGCCCGCGAAACCGAUGGAGGAAACCGGUGGGGAGGUUGAACCGGACACCAGCGAACCCAAGAGGGGGGACGACGACGACAAUGGUGAGGACGGGGAGUCGGAUCACGGGGCCGCAUCGCCGCCCAUUACCCCAACUACGGUGCAGUUGCUCCUGGCGCACCCUCAACUGGGUGGGUUCUUUCGCCAUAGUGUGAUGUUAGUCGUGCGGCACGCUAGCAACGAGUCAGCCGCCUUUGUUCUGAACAAGCCACUUGAAAACGAUGAGGGGGUCCAUGUGCCGGUCAGCGCGACGGUUCGCUUUAGCCGCAUCCACGCCAUUUUUGCAAAGCAUCUUCGCAUGCAUACCGUUAUGGUGGGUGGGCCUGUUAUGAUGGGCACAUUCGAGGACAAUCUGUUUCUUUUGCAUUCGGUUCCUGGUAUACCCAACGCGCUCCCUAUCGCUGAAAAUUUGUGGCUCAAUGGUGAUUUCGACGUCUUAAUGGAAAAGCUUGACGCUAAUGAGGCGUUGCAAAAGAGUGUGGUGGUGAUUUGCGGCUUUUCGGGAUGGGGCGCAGAACAGCUUAGAGGGGAAACUGAGUCAGGUACAUGGGUAGUGGUUAAUGCCCCCCCGGACGAUUCUCGAACAUCCACUAUGGUCAUUUCGGUUUCCCGCCACUCUGGUGCACACGCACUGUGUGAAGGUGGUGGUGACGGUGUUCCGAAAAAGGGUUCUGAAGCGGAGGUAACAAACAAAGAAAAUGCACUGGGCUCUUUAACUGGCAGCAGCACUGGAAGCACUUUUCACGCACGGACGAAGUUCCAGGGAACGGAGUCAUGGGUAUGGAUCUACGAUUCACUCGGUAAGCCACUCGAAGGAUUAGCACGAAAUCAAAAGCCUGAAGCAACAGAAUUUUCUGAUUGA